AUGAGUAAAGGCAUUGAAAGGAGCACAAGAGUUGUGCAGAAGGACCAGAAUCCAAUUUGGAAUGAGACUUUGCUGUGGUAUCUGGAUGAGGAGCUUCUGGACAACAGUUCUUUUGCCACAGUUAAACUCCUUGAAUGGGGCACGAAAAUUCAAAACAGUGAUUUUGGCAGUGCAGAUAUAUCCUUAGGAGGAGCAGCUGAAAAACCAAAUGUUAUGAUUAUGAAGAAGAAUCAAAGCCUGCGGAACAACAGUCUGCAGCCAACUGGGGCUUCUGGCAUAGAAGAAUUUACUCUGAAAGAAACCGAGGGGGCUCAAGUCCCAGCCCCAACAUCAACCCCCAUGAAAGAGCUUUCCAACAAGAAGCAACUGUUCCAGGUGCGAGUUGUAAUCAUUGAAUGUCGACAACUGCAAGAAAACAACGUCAAACCAGUGGUGAAAGUAACUAUUGGAGAUUAUACAUUCCGGACAAGAAUCAGACGUGGAAACAAUCCAUAUUAUAAUGAGACCUUCGUCCAAAAUUUCAAUGAGACACCUCUUCGACUUUUUGAUCAGUUUAUUACCAUACAGGUGCUGAACUCUCGAGCUGUCAGAGCAGAUGCAUUCAUUGGUGUCUUCAAGAUUGAGAUGGGGCUUGUAUAUGACUCUCCAGGUCAUGCUUUGAUUAACAAAUGGUUGAGCCUCUAUGAUCCAGUGAAUCUCAACGCUGGAUUUAAGGGCUAUGUGAAGGUCACCCUUUGUGUCCUGGGAGCUGGGGAUCGUGCACCGCUAAGGACCAAGGUCAUUUUUGGAGACACCAAUCCUGUGUGGAACCAGGUGCUCUGUUUCCCCAUGCAGUUGCCUUCUAUCUGUGAUCUCAUUAAGCUCACUAUUAUGGAUGGGGCAGAAGACGGAGAUGGCAUUAUUUUGGGCACAGCCUUCAUCAGCCUUUCCCAGAUCUCUUGCGCAGGAGCUGAAACAAAAAAAGAGACCUCAGGCUUCUUACCUUGCUUUGGUCCCAGCUUUCUCACCUUCUAUGGAAGCCAAAAGGAAUUUCUGAAUCCAGCUGAAUCUCCUGAGAAACGCAGGAUUCAGGCGGAAGAAGGGACCACAUAUCGUGGAAGAGUUCUUAUGGAGUUGCGGACUAUCAGGGAACCCAUCCCGGUUCAGAAAAUUGAUGACAUCCCUGAAGAAACUGUUAAAAAGAUGCAGUACUUCUUGCCCCAGUUCCGGUAUGGUCUGUGUGUGGUCUUUUACUCUGCCACCAUGUUGGCUGAUAUCACAGAACAGAUCCAGUUUGAGGUCAGCCUGGGGAACUACGGGAACAAAUUUGACGAGACCUGCAAACCGUUUGCGUCCACUACUCAGUACUGCCAUGCUGUCUAUGAUGGUAAUUUCUACUAUUACCUACCUUGGUAUGACACUAAACCCAUGGUGACCAUCACCUCAUUCUGGGAGGAUGUUAGCUACCGCGUUGCCUGCACAAACACCCUCCAGUUCAUUCAUGAGAGGCUGAAAAAGAAUCUGGAUACUCUUAAAACCAUCCGCCUGCCCCAUGACCCAUUGAUGGGUGCUGUUUGGAAGAAGCUGCAGAAAGAAUUGGUGGAAGACUGCAAGAAGCCAUUACCAGCCUUGGACAUCCAGAAAGCUGUGACUGUCCUUGAUAAACAGCUGUGGAAACUCCGUGUUCGGGUCCUCCAACAAAUCAGCAAGGCUGCAGAGAAAACCAGCUGGAAAACUCCCUUGCAGAAACUCAUCCCUAAAGUUGAGGGUUGGCUGAAUCAGAUUGCCUCAAUUGCAACUGAGACUCAAAUAAGUAUCCCAGAUGUGGUGAUCUGGAUGCUGUGGGAUGACCGGCGUGUGGCCUACACCCGCGUGAAGUCUCAGUCGAUCAUGUUCUCCAAAGACGGCCCUUACGCCAAAGGCAGGCUGUGUGGCAAAACACACACCCUCUUCCUAAAGGAUAUGCAAAGCAAAACAAAUUACAGCCCCAUCCCGGCUGUGCUCCGGGUUCGAAUGUGGAUGGGGCGGAUGGCCGACUGCGCGGACUUCAUGAGGUGCUGUGAAGGGAGGAUCGCCGUCUACGCGGAAACGUACGAAAACCAAAAGAAAACACACGGAAUAUGGGGAGUCAUGGAUCUUAUGCCGCACCCCAACUUUUCAGAUGUGACUGGACAGGUCAGCCUCCCCAAAGACAAGUUCCAACUACCCACAGGUUGGCAAUGGGGCGGCGAGUGGGCUGUGGAACCCCAAAGGAGGCUCUUGUUGGACAAAGAGACCAAUUAUUCUGAAGUGAUGCAAGAAGUUUACGAGAACCAGAGUCGACAACCUGGCCGUCGAUGGAAACCAGCCAGGAUCCCUUACAGCAAUGCGAGCGGUGCCCCUACUCCCCGGAAAGAAGACAUCUUGUGUCCUCCUGGAUGGAUCUUUGUGGAAGAGUGGAAAGUGGAGGUGAACCGAGCCGUGGACGAUGCUGGGUGGGAGUAUGGAAUUGCCAUCCCACCGGCUGAGUUUCCUCACUCCUGGAAUGCAGCUGAGAAGACCUACCACACGCACCGGAGGCGACGCUGGUUGAGGAAGCGUUUUCGGAACCUCGGCAGGGAGACCCGGGAAAAUCAGAUGGUCGCCUUUCUCCAGCUGCACUCAGACGUUAAAGCGAAACAGGAUGUCUGGGAAUAUGCUCCACUCUACGGCUGGAGAUUCCACCUCCAGAGGCAGCCAGAUGACGUUUUUCGGCGACGCUGUUGGCGCAGGAAGCUUGCUCCUGUGGCACCCAGCUUGGUGGCACCCAUUUUCUACUUGGAAGGCUCCUUGGGAGUGGAGGUUGGUGGCCAACAGAAAAAGAAAAAACCUGAAGCAGGAAGGAAAGAUGAAAAAGAGGAGAUUGAAUUAGAACCAACUGCUUCACAAGGUCUCUUGAAGAUGAAUACUCCUCUUCUCUUCUGCGUCUUCAAGAGUCCAGUGUAUUUCCAGCUGCGCUGCUACAUGUACCAAGCUAGGGACCUCCUGGGAAGCAUCGUGAAAGGGACUGCAGAUCCUGUGGCUCAUAUCUCUUUCCUUCAUAUGAGCCACUGCACCCACAUUAUCAACGGCACGCUGAACCCUUGCUGGGACGAGACCCUCCUCUUUGAAGACGUUUUGAUUUAUGGAGAACCUCAAGGGACUGCGCAGGACCCCCCCAUUGUGGCCGUGGAGAUCUUUGACUAUGAUUCAAGCGACGGAUCCAUGGGGAAACUUCCACCUCCGACUUGGAAAGAUGGUGUUUAUACAAUCCCCAAAGGAAUCCGGCCCAUCUUGCGGUUGAUGGCUGUGGAGAUUCUUGCCUGGGGUCUUCGAGACAUGAAGAAUUACAAUCUGAUGGUUGUCAACAAUCCUAGCCUCAUCAUAGAGUGCGGAGGAGAGUCUAUUCAGACGACAACCAUCAGGAACUUCCAAGAGUACCCAAAUUUUUCAAUUAACAUCUAUCUCAUGAAAGUGUACCUGCCUGUUGAUGAAGAUUAUUCCCCUCCCAUUGAGCUGAAGGUGAUUGAUCACCGAGAUUUUGGAUAUAAGCCAGUGGUGGGACAAGCAACAGUCAGAUCUCUGAGUCAAUAUUACUGCAAUCCGUUGGAAGAAAGCAAAGUCCACAACCUACCGCCCCGAGUCACUAAAAAGAUGAAGACUAAAAAGGAAGAAGAAGAAGAAGAAAUUGAUUGGUGGAGCAAGUACUAUGCAACAAUGGGAGAUUUAUCAAAGAGUGGGCAUUACCUGGAAAAGGGCUAUGAUAGCAUAAAGAUCUAUAACUGUGAGCUGGAAGAAGUUCCCGAAUUCCACGGUUUCCAGGAUUUCUGUCAGACUUUUCAACUGUACCGAGGAAAAGUCCAAGAUGAUGACCCUGUUGUGGGGGGAGAAUUUAAGGGCCUUUUCCGGAUCUAUCCUUUGCCAGAGGACCCCAGAAUUCUGCCUCCACCACGUCAGUUCCAGGAGCUUCCUGCCAAUGUCUCCCAGGACUGUCUGGUUCGCGUUUAUAUUAUCCGAGCUUUUAAUCUCCAGCCAAAAGACCUCAAUGGAUUGUGUGACCCCUACAUCAAGAUCAAGCUAGGAAAAGAAAGAAUGGAUGACCGAGAAGAGUAUAUACCCAACACCCUGGAUCCUGUGUUUGGAAGAACAUAUGAACUUACAUGCACCAUCCCAUUAGAAAAGGACCUGAAGAUCUCCUUAUUUGAUUUUGAUCUAUUUUCACCUGAUGACCCAAUUGGGGACACCACCAUAGACCUGGAGGACCGACUCAUGUCUCAUUAUGGGGCCAACUGUGGGCUGCCACAGACUUACUGUGUGGCUGGCCCCACACAGUGGAGAGAUCAGCUUCUUCCAAGUGAACUCUUGGAAAAUCACACUCAGGCCAAAAACCUGCCUCAGACCGAGAUAAGUGAAGAUGGAAGCAAAGCCAUUUUCAUGGGUAGAACUUAUCUGCUCUCUGACUUUGAGACCAAAUUGCCUUCGCAUGGAUAUCUGGGACCUGCCAAAGAGCGUAUGGCCCUCCACCUUCUCCGGACGUGUGGAUUGGUCUCUGAACACAUAGAAACUCGCACUCUGUACGACUCAGCUCUACCUGGAAUUGAUCAAGGUAAACUGCAAAUGUGGGUGGACAUCUUCCCACUUUACUUGGGUGACCCAGGACCUCCUUUUGACAUCAUCCCACGAAAGACCAGAAAAUACGAACUACGCUGCAUAAUUUGGAACACCAAAGACGUAGAUCUUGAAGAUACCAAUAUUUUUGGAGACAAGAUGAGCGACAUCUACGUGAAAGGGUAUGAGAUAAGCAAUCAACAUUUUUGGAGUCUGGAUGAGACCAUGCAGAAAGUACCUCCAAAACUGAUUAUCCAGGUCUGGGAUAAUGAUAAAUUCUCAGCUGAUGAUUUCAUAGGCAAUCUGGAAAUAAACUUGACCAGCAUCCCACGACCGGCCAAGCGGCCUCGUGAUUGCACUUUGAAAGUCCUGCAGGACGACAGCAGUGCUGCCGGCUCUUCCAACCCUUUUCGCCGACGCAAACAAAAGUGCAUUUCCCUGUUCGCCCAGAGGAAUAUGAGGGGCUGGUGGCCUUGCAUCGUCUUCGAGAAAGAUAAGCCGCGAGUGUCCGGUAAGAUUGAAAUGAGUCUGGAGUUGCUGACUGAUCUUGAGGCUGAAGAAUUGCCAGCUGGGAGAGGGAGAGAAGAGCCGAACACAAACCCCUUUCUGAAGCCACCAGAGAGACCGGAGACCUCUUUCCUAUGGUUCACAGCCCCCUUAAAGAGCAUCCACUUUAUUAUAUGGCAGAAGAGUAAAUGGAAGAUCCUGAUUUUCAUUUGCAUCCUGCUGGUGAUCUGGCUAUUUGUAGAUUUCAUCUACGCAGCUCCAUCAUAUGAGUGCUACUCAUGA